CUGCUGUUAAGCUCUAUUUUAUAAUUGUUCCUUAAAAUUUUUAUUUAUCUCCUCCUUCGAGGAUUAUUAGUUUAGUUUUUUUUCUUUGUUGUCUGAAAUCGGACAUAGAUCGAUCGAUCGAGGAAUAUAUAGAUAGAUAAUAAUGGUGAGGGGGAAAGUGGAGAUGAAGAGAAUCGAAAACGCGACGAGCAGACAGGUGACGUUUUCGAAGAGGAGAAAUGGUGUGUUGAAGAAGGCGUAUGAGCUGUCCGUACUGUGCGACGCUCAAGUGGCGUUGAUUAUCUUCUCUCAGAAAGGAAGACUUUAUGAGUUCUCCAGCUCCAACAUGCAAAGAAUAAUACAGAGAUACAUGGAAUAUACCAAGGAAGAGAGGACUGCUUCUAACAUAGAUGACGUUGUCCGAAUGCAACAUCUGAAGAAAGAAACAGCAUUCAUGGCGAGGCAAAUCGAGCUACUAGAGAAUUCCCAACGGAAGCUUUUAGGACACAACUUAGGUCCGUGUUCGAUGGAAGAGCUUCAUGAAAUCGAAAACUGUCUUGAGAGAAGUCUCAAGAACAUCACCACGAGAAAGUCUCAGCUAUUCAAGAAUGAAAUUGAAAGAUUACAAGCUAAGGAAAAAGUCCUAUUGAUGGAGAAUGUAGAGUUAAGACAAAAGUUUGCAUUGAUGAGGACAAGAAAUGCAGAAAAUUAUGAGCAGCAACUGAGUCUAAGCACACAAAGCUCUGAGGUGGAAACUGAACUCUUCAUUGGCCCCCCAUCCAACAAAAAACUAUAAAUAUAUAAUACUAUAAUUAAAUAAAAUAAAUAAAAUUUGUCACAUAAAUAUAAUUAUUUAUCAUUUAAAUAGAUUUGAUUUUAUAUCUUAUUUAUUUAUUAUGGUUUUAAUUAUCAUGUAU